CUCCGCUUUGCAGGCUCGCAUGCCUGCUGUAGCACCUGUUGUAUCGCCAGUUGGCAGUCUGCGCUCACCCACGAGGCCGUCGCUUAACACAAGCUCUGUCCGCUAUCAAGCGCUCUUCUGAAGAUGCCGUCCCCCAGGCUUAGCCAAGUUCUGCAGUUUGUCCGCCAGCUGUAGCAGCAAUUUUCCACCAAACGGGCUGUUAUCUGCGUUCUGCAGAAGCAAACGACACACCGUGCACUUGUGUGGAGGCAACAUACAUGCUCACCUGAAGGACCUUUAAGUACAGAGUGCAUGUAGCUGUGCUGAGGCACUUGCAUGAGCUGGCUCUUGGCGGGGUAAAGUUUUGUAACUGUUUAAUAAAACGGACCUUUAAAUACUAGGCAGAAUCAGUUUGGAGAAGGCAUCAACAGAGAAGAGAGGAACAUUUUAAGUUUGAAUUGCUAUGGGGACUGUUUCAAAGUAAGACAACUCACGGCCAGUUUGGAGUCAGUGGAAUUGUCUCAAGUGUAUGUGUGCCAAGUAAUGGUUUAUUUACUAGUUCGUGCGCUCAGGAAAGUUCACAACAGUAAUUGAGAAUUUCAGUUUCUUAUUAAAACAUUCCGAGAGCUACCAGUUUAAUCAUUUAUCACAGUAAAGGUAGUCAUCACGUUUGUGAAAGUUGUGCCAAGUUUAUGUAAAGCUGACAGGUGCUCAGCACGAACUUUUCUCCCUGUGUUCUCUUAAAAUUAUAUCACUACUACGUCUGGCAUUAAGCCACAUUGGGGUUUGGUGCAGUUUUUUAUUAUUAUUGCAAUUACCUACUGGGGGAAAACAGGAACAUAUGACGGGUGUUGAAUAGUAUUCUGUGGAUUAUACCCAACGCUUAUCAACUGCAAAUGUUACCAACACUGGGUCAUUGCUUUCCGAAUAUUGCAGUUGCUAUUUUGUGAAAGGGAACUUGAAGCACCUUCGACAGGAGUGAAGUACUAAGUGUACCUGCUGCCUUCUUUCUCUCAGCCCUUCCAAAUGUCCCUGCGGGUGAUUAUUCUGGUAUUUGCCCUCUGCUUUCUUCAUGAGUCUGUGGCUGACUCCAGCCUGAGCGGCAAGUUUCAGCUUUCUGUUGUCAAAGAUCAGAAUGGAGUACAAGACAAUCAGCGUGAGAAAAUCAUUACUGCAUCUUCAAAUGGAAGCAUUCAGAGUCCCAAAUUCCCUCAUAGCUACCCUCGUAAAGUAGUGUUGGUAUGGACAAUUAUAGCAGCUGAAAAUAUGCUUAUAGAGCUCACCUUUGAUGAAAGAUUUGGGCUUGAAGACCCAGAAGAUAAUAUUUGCAAGUAUGACUAUGUAGAGAUUGAAGAACCAAUGGAUGGGACUAUUUUAGGACGGUGGUGUGGGUCUAAAACAGUACCAGGAAAGCAGAUUUCUAAGAGAAAUAAGAUCAGGAUACGCUUUGUAUCAGAUGAGUACUUUUCUUCUGAACCUGGAUUCUGUAUCAUGUAUACCAUUAUUGCACCACAACUUUCAGUACCCGUGGUACCUUCUGUGUUACCUCCGUCAGUGCUAUCAUUAGACCUGCUAAGUGAGAACAUUUCUGGCUUCAGCACUGUGGAAGACCUCAUCAAGUAUUUAGAGCCAGACAGGUGGCAACAGGUUCUGGAUAGCUUGUAUAACCCAACACAUCACAUCAUAGGAAAGGCAUUUGUCCAUGGAAGAAAAUCACGAGUACUGGAUCUGAAUCUGGCAAAGGAGGAGGUCAGAUUGUACAGCUGCACUCCACGUAACAUUUCAAUAUCGCUGAGAGAGGAACUUAAACGAACAGAUGCCAUAUUCUGGCCAAAUUGUUUGCUGAUUAAGCGCUGUGGAGGGAACUGUGCCUGCUGCAUCCACAACUGUGGCGAAUGUCAGUGUGUACCCACUAAAGUCACCAAAAAAUACCAUGAGGUUCUACAAUUCAAGCACAAGGCUGGAUCACGAGGACUGCACAAGUCCCUGACAGAUGUACCCAUUGAACAUCAUGAGGAAUGCGAAUGUAUGUGUAGUAGCAAUACAGAAGGAUAAAUGUGUCCAUGGUCUGAUUUUCCUAUGAGACAGAUCCCAUCAAUGAGAGACCGUCUUAUGGAAUUUGAUUUAUUUUGCUGUUGCAGUCGCAGUUAUUUGAUCUGAGGACUCUUGCUGCCUUCUUGGAUUUAUAACAAAUUUAAGAGGAGACACUGAUUGUUCCGGCUAUGCGUCAAUAGGAUUAUGGAUACCACACAGAACUUGUAAAGCUGAAAGAUGCAAACAGUACCUGAAAAAGACAAAAUAAUUGAACCAGACUUAAGAAAGAGGUUUAUUUUUUGUUACCUGUUUCAGAAAUAUUCUUAGAUGCAUUGGUUUUCAAAGAGGAAAUAUGAAGACCUUAUAGACUGUGGACUAACAUAUGAACUUAAUGUUAUUGUGGUAGCCUUAAUGAGAGAAGACUGUUAUUGCAUUUUACAUGAAUAACACCAUUUAUUAUGUAUUUUGGAGGCAGGUCUGUAUCUGCAUUUUGUUAUUCCUUGUACACCUUUUUUACUUCAAGGACAUUUUGCAGCACCAUUAUACCUUCAAACAUUGUUACAUGUCUUUUAUAUGAUGUUCUGUUGAAUUUCCUUAACAGAUACAUGAACCUGGAUAUUUACUUUAUUACCAGUAAACACUGUGUCAUCUGCCAUAUCAACCUGUCUAAGAGCAUUGUGGGUGAUAUUUUGAGCUGACAGAUAUGCAAAAUUAUUUCCAUAAUCUCAGACUUGAUGCUUUUUUAAUUGUGUACAUUUUUAUACUCUCAUUUAUGAUAUAUAUCUUUUCUAGUACUGUCAAAUAUAUCUAUUUUUACGAACAUUAUUUAAUAUUUCCGCUUUGCCUUUGAAUAUGUUUAAAUAAAUAAAUGAGACACUAAACCAACACAUUGCAUCUAGAAGAAUAAAACACCACCAUCUCAAUAUGUUUCAAAUGGCUGAUAGGUUGUUGAUAAUGCCUAGUGCUUGGAGAAUAUUGCUGUGUUUGGGAGUUUGGAGAUAUGAAGGUAGUGAUUUAUAUAAGGAGCUUCUGGAUUUCUGAGCCUCAACACACAUAGUGUCUACAAAUAAUAAAAACAUCAGUGUUACACUUGUGCGGUGUUACUAGGAGUUUGGGAGCAGAUGCUUUUUUUCAUCUUUCUUUAAAUGGAAUGUAAAGAACUCUAAAACAACAUGAUUUUUAAAGUAUGCACUGUUGAAGAUAGGUGUUGUAAUCCAGGAUAAUUAAAUAGUUAAAUUCAUAAUAUAGCUGUCCUUCACCAAACAGUUGUGAUAAUCUGUUUUAUCUCUUCCUUAGAAAUGCUGGGUAUUUUAUUGCACAUUUUGUGACCCUGCUGCCUGUCAGCUUUCAAUCCCCUCCUGUAUUAUUGACGGAAUGA